AGAGGGCUCCUUUUCCGGCAGCCGGCCCUGUCCUUCCGCGGCCGGCGCGUUCCGGUGGCACCAUGAGAGCUGAACAUGUUCUCUGCCAGGAAUUGGUCUGGAGUUUUCAGAGCUGCCAGACUGCAUCAUUUCAGAUCCCAUUCUGUAUCCAGAGCCUCUCCAAACUUGACUUUCGUGCCAGCCUGUCUUCCCCCAGAUCCUAUGGAAGUGGAGGAGCUGCAGUGCUUUGUUUCUAACUCCAAGAGGCUGUUUGUGAUGACUGGAGCUGGAAUCUCCACGGAGUCAGGGAUCCCCGAUUACCGCUCGGAGGGUGUGGGGCUCUACGCCAGGACGGACAGACGGCCCGUCCAGCACGCCGAGUUCAUCCGCAGUGCCAGCGCCCGCCAGCGCUACUGGGCAAGGAACUUCGUGGGCUGGCCCCAGUUCUCCUCCCACCAGCCAAACAAGGCACACCUGGUACUGAGAGACUGGGAGAAGCUGGGCAAGCUGCACUGGCUGGUGACCCAGAACGUGGAUGCCCUUCACACCAAAGCCGGGAGCCAGCGCAUGACGGAGCUGCACGGCUGCACACACAGGGUUUUCUGCCUGGCCUGUGGAGACCGAAUCUUGCGUUCUGAGCUCCAGGAGCACUUUGAAGCUCUAAAUCCCGCUUGGAAAGCUGAGGCACUUGAUGUGGCUCCGGAUGGGGAUGUCUUCCUGACAGAUGAGCAGGUGCGCAGUUUCCAAGUCCCAGCCUGCCAGAAAUGUGGUGGAAUCCUGAAGCCUGAUGUGACUUUCUUUGGAGACACAGUGAGCCAGGAAAAAGUCAGUUUUGUACACCAACGCCUGGCAGAAUCAGACUCCAUGCUGGUAGCAGGAUCCUCUAUGCAGGUGUACUCUGGUUACAGGUUUGCUCUGGCUGCCCGGGAGAAGAAGCUGCCAAUUGCAGUCCUUAACAUUGGGCCCACCAGGUUAGAUCACUUUGCAUCCUUAAAGCUGAAUUCCCGCUGUGGAGAGCUGCUGCCUUUGAUUGUUUGCACGUGACCCAACCAGCUGAGCUUCAGUAGCUAUCAGGAUUAAAGUUAUUUUUACAAGGACUCAUCUCAGAAAGGGGAAAACUCCAAGAGGCAGCUGUGAGAUCCAGUGCUGAGGGCACCAGGAGAGGGCAGCAAGCCUCGCACAUAUCAGCCUCACCAGUUCUCUCUAUUGAAACCAUCUCAACAUAUCAGGAAGCAGAAUGAUGAUGAAAAAAAAUUACUUUUCUGCCUUACCUUGCUGUUGUAAACAGUGCCUUUUCAUUUAUUGGACAGAGUAAUUGGACUACCAUGUGUGAGGACAAAAUACCUUUUUUAAUAAUUGUCCCCAGAGGGGAAGGUGGGGGGGACAGGGAUUUUAACCAGGCAAUUUGAGGCUGUAGUACAGGAGGGUGAUGUAGGAAAGCAGGACACUGCUGGGGGAUCCAGUGUCACUGGUGGGAUACCGUAGAGUGUGCAAAGAGGAAAAGAGGCAAGAGGAACUGCAGUUGUUACUUAAAAGGAAAAAGGUUCAAAAUAGAAGCUGAACAAGGGCACUGCUCUUGUGGAUUAUUUGGAUGCACAGGCUAUAAGGGUAACAUCUUCCAGCAUGGAGGGGAAGUCAGCAUUUCUCUCAACUGUCAGUUGACAAGCUAAACUGCUUCAAAUCUGACCCCUUUAAAAAUUAAAUAUUGUUGAGAUGCCAGAGGAGUUACUUUAAGCUAAUCUGAUGAGCACUACUUUCAGUGAGGCUGCUACAUUUUCCAGAAUGCAUUUUUUUAAGAUGUUAUUUAAUUAAUGAAUAGCUAAGGAAUCAAUUAGAAUUGUUUAGAAGACUGAGACUGCUUGCAUUGUAAUUUUUUCUCCCUCCUAUGAUUUAAGUACAUUCUCAGUAGCCAGUUUAGAUUCAUUCUCUUCCAUUGCAAAAAUGCAGGUUGUAAUUGCUAGCAGCUGAUGAAUUAAGAGAGAAAUACAAUUAAAUCUGUACAAUAGGUCUCCCUCAGAAUGUAAUCUCUGUUGAAAGGUGCAAUUUCCACACUCCUAACAGGAGAUCCAUCACUACUGGGUAGUGAUUUUUUGUUGAUUCUUAGGAUGGUAUUGUAAACUCUAUCAAACUGUUUACAGAGUAAAACACAGAACCUGGCACAAACUAGAACACUAAUUCUUUUUGACCUGAUCUUCUUCAUGAAACUACCACUCCCCUCUUCUAGCUCUGAGGGAUUUAAUUGUUUGGCUUUCCCAAGUGCUCCCUCCUACUCCAAGUGCCCUCUCCUACUCCAACAUAUCCCAGACUAAUAUUUUGACAAGAACUGUAACAAGCAGUUGGAACAAGGAUGCAAGAGUCAUCUGCUAAAAGGUCAAGUAGCAAAACAAGGACAGCUGACCACAGGAUGCAAAGUUCAUUUUUGCUUUGUUGUCAAUUCAAAUCCAUGCCAGGAGAGAGUAAAUAAAGCACAGAAUCUAAGGGAUACAUAAGGCAUCCAAUUUCUGCAGAAAGCAGAGGACAUUAAGAUGUUUAACACAUUUCAAGAUUUGGCUGUACUAGGUUAGAGGAGAGACAACUUCACUUAGAAGCCAAGCAAGAGCAGUUCAGGACUCCCACGUGCAUUCUGCUCUCAUUGAAUGGUGAUUCCACUUUCCAGUGACUCAGGUUUCUGCUGCUUGGCACUGAGCAAAGCUCACAAAUACCUCUCCAUCUUGAGCUAUCCUGUCCCUGGUACAGCUGUCCCACCAACCAAAGCUAUUGCAGAAAUCAUGCCUAAAGCACAGCAGAGUCUCCACAGACACCAUGUUUUCAUGUAGGGGUUUUCUUUGUAAGAAGAGAUGCUGAUGCCUCCUUAGCAGAGGAGCUGGGGCUGAGUUUCUCACGUCAUCCACAUCAUCUUCUCCCCCUCCUUGAAACUUGAAUGACAUUGGUAUGUCAAAACCAGAGGCUGCAGGUAGAGCCAGCAUUUUGAAAAGGUCUGGGAGCAUUGCCAAGCAGUCUAAAACAAAUCUUGGAAUGAAUUCUGUGACAGGUAACUAAACCUCCCACAUCUACCCUGUCUCUUCUCCAGUUCUGCAGCUGAGCCUGUGGGAGAGGAGUCAGAGUCUCCCUGCAGCAUCACUCUCAGAUAAGUCAUUACCCCAACUCUCCAUUGAUUGCACUUUUAAGCUACCAGGACAAUGACUUACAAUAAAUGAACAUUACAGUAAA